AUGUCUUUUUCUUCAUCAUCUCGUCGUUCGUUAUAUAUUCAGAAUCUUCAAGCAGAAAAUGAAUGUCUUCGUCAAGAAAUAAUUGCUCUACAAAAAAUUUUUUCAAUACCAAUCGAUGAAAAUCAUCGUUAUACAAAUUUUCGUUAUCAAAUUUAUUCACUUGAAAAACAAGUUGCUUUACUAACACGUUUACUCGAUUGUAAACGAGAAGCAGUAGCAACAUGUGAAACAAUUCUUUUGGAACUUAAUCAAUUUUUAGAGAAUCUCAAAGAUAAAAUUUCUCGUAAGGAACAUAUCGAUGAAAAACUCAUACAAACAUGGAUUGAUCGAAUUGAGAGUAAUCGAAAAAAAUCAUUCAAAUCAAUGCAGGAUCAUGCAAGUCUAUCAGAUAGUGAUACUCUCUAUGCACCUAAUAGUACAAAAUUUAUUAAUCAAGAACCAAUUCAUCUUCUUGAUAUAUGUUCAGGAAAAAUCGAACAUCUUAAUUUGAAGAAUAUUGCUAAUUUAGAAAGUUCAUUGUAUAAUCUUCAUGCUGAUCUUCGUUCAUUUCAAAAUGAAUUACUCGAUCAAACAAAUCAUUCAAUUUUUCCUGAUCUUAAUAAAAAUUUAAUUAAACGUUCA